AUGAAUACCGAUGCCGAAGACACCAAAGUCGCUGCCUUGUACCGAGAAAGUCUUGUUCCUCUAUAUGUCGUCCCAGCCAGCUUUACUUGGAUUUUACACGACUACUUUGUGAUGCUGGAAGACGAGAUCCGUUAUAUCUGGCCUCAGAAGCGAAACAUAGGAAAAAUUAUAUUCUUAUGGGUUCGGUAUUACAGCAUUGCCCUACUUGUCGUCGACACUCUCCAAAUUCACAUCUUCUCCAUUCUCGGAAUAAACUCUGACAAGUUAUGUGUAGCCGCAUACACUAUCAUCAGUGUCUUCGGGGCGAUAAGUCUGUGGUCCGUCGAGAUCGUCAUGCAGUUACGUGUGUAUGUCCUGUUCACAUGCUCGAAGAGGGUGGCCGUGAUAAAUGGGAUUCUCUUCGCGUGUUCUGUUGUCGGGUUCUUGUGGAUAUCAGCUAAGAAUGCUGAGCAACAGAAAGCUCUCAUCGCCGAUGCGAUCCAUCUACCUUUGCUUGGGUGUCCGAUCGUUCAUCCCAAGAUUGAAUGGGCUCAAUGGGUACCCGGUGAGUCUUGCCUCUGUUUCAACUGGUUCCAAGAUAUCAACUCGGUCGCUUUCAAAGCCGCCAUUUAUGAAAGUGUUCUUUUCGGAUUUGCAAUCUAUAAGUCGUUCGAGUCAAUGAUGGACAGGAUGAGGAGAGGACACAGUCGCGAUACUCUUCGUUCUAUUUUACUUCGCGACAAUACACUAUACUUUCUGGGGAUAUCAUGCCUCCUGGUUUUCAACAAUCUCAUGAUUGUCGGAGUGGAUAAACUUCCUAGGUUCAGUUAUGGACCGUUUCAUGCUGCUCUAGGCGUUCUUACGACUCGUAUGCUGCUAAAUCUCCACAACGCCGCUUCCUCUAGGGUAGAAGUAUCGAGCACUGGCCGUGAUGUCCCUGAUCAUCAACAAGGUAGUCUACCCUGGCAAGUAGCUAGUGUACCUUCUCUCUCCUUAGUUUGA